AUCUAUCCUCACACGGAACGCAGAAAGGUAGAUACUUUGAGAGAAGAAAAUGGCAGGGAUUGGCCCUCUUACUCAGGAUUGGGAGCCCGUUGUGAUCCGGAAGAAGGCACCAACAGCGGCAGCGAAGAAAGAUGAGAAAGCUGUCAACGCCGCUCGUCGCUCCGGCGCCGAUAUUGAAACCGUAAAAAAAUUUAAUGCUGCCACAAAUAAAGCGGCCUCCAGCAGCACUUCUCUAAACACAAAGAAGCUCGAUGAAGAAACUGAGAAUCUUCAUCAUGAACGGGUUCCGACUGAAUUAAAGAAAGCCAUCAUGCAGGCUAGGAUGGAGAAAAAGCUUACCCAGGCUCAACUAGCUCAGGUGAUAAAUGAGAAGCCUCAAGUUAUUCAGGAGUAUGAAUCAGGUAAAGCCAUUCCAAAUCAACAAAUAUUAGGUAAACUGGAGAGAGCUCUGGGUGCAAAACUGCGUGGAAAGAAAUGAAGUAGUCUAAACGAUAGGAUGUCUUGAGUGUCAGUUAUGUCAAAGUCUCUCAACUGGCGUUGUAUAUGAACUUUCUCCUGUCGUCGUGACUUGUGUAUCAAGUGUUGUGUCGUGUCAUGCUGGUGGUGUGUCUGGUCAUCUAGGAUCCCAAAUAAGGUUGUGUCUGCUUAAGUUAAGUUUGUUUCCUUGAAACAUGUUUGCUUGAGUGAUCCUGAAACAUGUUUGUCUCAUUGAUCUAUAUUUGAAUCGGAUUUAACUUAGUGAAGUUUUAUUAAUU